GCUGUUGACGUCUGCGCUUACCCACCAGUUUUCAUUCGACCAUCGGCCGCGGCUGUUAGGUGCCCAAGUCCAUUAACCAGCGGCGCAACAGCCGUGCGAUGAGCACUGUGACACCUCUAGAGCACACGGCCAUUGGGGCCUUGGCGGGGGUCGUGGAGGUGUCCAUCAUGCAGCCGACUGUGGGCAUCAAGAAUGCUCUGCAAGAGGGACGACCAGUGCCGCGGACCAUUGCAGGGUUGUACCGAGGCCUUGGGAUCAACGCUGGCGCAAUGCUGCCCAUCACCUCGGUCCAGUUUGGCAUGAACCGCCUGCUAGAGCAGACGUACAAGCGGGUGUAUGAUACAGAGCAGCUAGGCACGAGCGGCCGGAUAGGAGUGGCCCUAGGAGCAGGAGCAUCAUCGGCGGUGCUGGGCUGCCCCGCAGAGUUUGUGAUGAUCCAGCAGCAGAAAUCGGGGCGCCCGCUGCCCGCUGAGUUCCGCCACAUCCUGUCCACCUAUGGCGCACUCAAGCCGCUCAAGGGGUUCAGCGCCACCGUGCUGCGCGAGUCGCUGUAUGCCUCGGGGUACCUGGCGGUGGCACCGCUGCUGCGCGAGGCCCUGCAGCAGCAAGCGGUGGUGGCCGACCUGCCGGGCGGGCCACUGAUUGUAUCGGGCGUGGCGGCGGGGCUGCUGGCCACCGUGUGCACACAGCCGGCAGACACCAUCAAGACGCGCAUGCAGGCAUUCCCCGACACGGCAGCACAUCCACAGUAUCGCUCACUGCUGUCCACCACACAGCACAUCAUCCAAACCGAGGGCGUGGGCACCCUGUUUGCCGGGUUGUGGCCGCGCGCCUUCCGCAUCGUCUGCGCAGUGUUCAUCCUCAACGGCACGCGGAACACGAUAGUGGAGGCGGUGCAGACCCAGCGUGUUGGCGUGGCGCAAGCGACAUGAGCCCGGUUCCUCUCUGGACAAACAAGUAGGGACACCCCGUAGCAAGGGGGAGAAUAGACCUGCCUACCACGGCGGGGCAGAAGGAGCCGCGCGGUCAGACUCACAUUGUGUCGGCAGCUUCCCACACCGCCGCCGCCGCCUGAGCAGCGUAACGUUACUAUCAUUUAUUCUGUUCAUUCUUUACAAUCAGGCACCGUGAUUUCAACUCACUUCUUGUCCCCCGUGCGUCUUGCGCUGCUUGCCCGGAAACUGUGCCACUUGGCAAGCCAGGUCCUCUUCGCUUCUCAGCGCAGCUCCCCUGCGUUGCUGCGGACCUGCCAAUCUGCAAUCUGGGUCCCC